AAAAUCCAAAUCAUGCAAAUGUGCCAUCUGCUAACCGCGCACUGCCGCAACAAGAGUAGCCGGUCAGUGAAACCAUGUGUGUUUGUCUUUGUGAUUAAUCUUUCGGGGUUCGACUACGGGCUACGGGCCUUUGUUUGUGUAUAGUUUUGUCACCUCGUGUUCCGUAGCGCUUCAGCGGCAGCCUCACUUUGGACCACCGUGCUUGGGACUACGGACAGUCUGACUAUGAGCUGGAACCAAAUUCAACAACAACUUCGACACCCCAAUAACCCAGUAGUAUUCUUCGAUAUUACGAUCGGAUCUACGGAAGUUGGAAGAAUGAAAAUGGAACUGUUUGCCGACGUUGUACCCAAGACGACAGAAAACUUUAGGCAGUUUUGCACAGGAGAGUACAAGAAAGACGGCGUUCCAAUUGGUUACAAGGGAUGCACUUUUCAUAGGGUGAUCAAAGACUUUAUGAUUCAGGGAGGAGACUUUGUGAAUGGAGAUGGAAUGGGUGUGAUGAGCAUCUACGGAAGCACCAAGUUUCCCGAUGAAAACUUUAAACUGAAACACGACGCGCCGGGACUGCUUUCUAUGGCUAACAGUGGGAGAGACACAAAUGGCUGCCAGUUUUUCAUCACCUGCGCAAAAUGUGAUUUUCUAGACGGGAAGCACGUGGUGUUUGGUCGUAUCCUCGAUGGCCUCCUUGUGAUGAGAAAGAUUGAAAAUGUCCCUGUCGGACCCAAUAACAAGCCAAAAAUUCCUGUCAUAAUUUCCCAGUGUGGUGAAAUGUAAAAAAGGGUACUAAAAAGUCUCAAAGUA